AUGAGCUGGAGGUUGAUACGCCUAUCUACAGGCGAAGUCUUUGCUGUGCCUCCGCUUCCUUUUGUCUCCUUCUCUCCCUCCUCUUCUUCGGGUGUCUCCUCUACCCUCACCAACUGUCUCCUUUCUUCUUCAUCUAAUCAGGGGGCCCCCCCUGAGGGCCCUCUCUCUUCUUCUGUGGGGCCCCCUUCAGCCAGGCAUCCCCUGGGGGCCCCCCUUCCCUUUAGCGCUGCCUGUGCUGCUGCAGAUGGGGAGGGUGGAGGGGCCCCCAGGGGGCCCCCGCAAUCUCAGGGGCCCCCGGGGGGCCCACUGACGUCUGAGGGGCCCCCUGGGGGCCCCCUGCACUCUGGGGGCCCCCCUCCUCGGGGCUACCUGCACUCUGGGGGGCCCCCUUCUGGGGGCCCCCAGCAGUCUGGGGGGCCCCCUGGGGGCCCCUGGGGGCCCCCUGAAUCUGCAGCGUUUGCUGUUGGGCGUGCAGUUGACUGUGGGGUGCGGCUAAAGGCUUCAACCUGCAGCAGACAGCAUUUGUUUUUAAGGGUGCUGCCUCCUCCAUUAAGAGACACUUUGCUGCUGCCUCAGACCCUGCAGCAAACAGAAGGAGCUCAGCCUAAUAAUGAAGGGGGGCCCCCAGGGGAGGGGCCCCCUAUGGGGGCCCCUGAGGGUACUGGGGGGCCCUUCUAUUUCCCUGCUAGGAGGACAGGACGCUUUUUCGUGCGUAAUGUCUCCUUGAAUGAUACUUUAAUUAAUGGUGUCUCCUUUAAUGCAGUGCUGCAGCAGCAGCGGCAACAGCAGCAGCAGCAGCAGCAGCAAAAGCAGCAGCAAGAGCAGCAGCGAGAAGAUGAGGGGGAACAGCAGCAGCAGCAGCAGCAGCAGCAAGCGGCGUGGCUGCUGCGUGCAGGUUAUGUUGAGGUGUAUAAUGGAGAUGUGCUGCAGCCAGCAGGAGACCCUUCUUUGUCUCUUCUUGUUGCUUUCUGCCCAACUGUCUUCUGUUUAAACAGCAACCCUGACGCCGAGCAACAGCAGCAGCAACAGCAGCAGCAACAGCAGCAGCAACAGCAGCAGCAACAGCAGCAGCAACAGCAGCAGCAAGAAGGGGGAGGAGGGAGGCUCCUGCAGUGCGUUAGGGCCUUCCAUGAUGCCGGUUUGUAUGUGCUGGCCCCACAGUUUCACCCGCAUUGCUGCGGUCUCCUGGUGUCUCCUUCUCAGCCCCUUUCUGUGGCGCUGCUGCGGUGUCUCCUCGCUAACAAACCGCUGCUGCAGCUGUCUUCUGUCUUGCAAGCUCUGCAUACAGCACACUCUCAAAGCACCAGCAGCAGCAGCAGCAGAGGGGUGUACUUAGCAGCAAAGAUAAGCCCAGCUGCAGCAGAACACAUGCGGUGUCUCCUCACGAACUCUGCACUUAAAAAUAAAAAAGGAGACACUACCGACGCCCUGUGCGUGCUGCAGGAAGCAGCUACAGACUGGAGGCUGCUGCUGCAGCACUUAGCUGCUGCUGCUGAUGCUGCUGAUGCUGCUGCUGCUGCUGCUGGACGUGAGAGUGCCAUCAGCAGCAGGGGAGAAACUCCGCAGCAAGGGCAGUUACUGCCGCAGCAGCAACAGGAGCAGCAACAGCAACAGCAGCAACAGCAGCAACAGCAGCAGCAACAGCAGCAGGCACUUCAGCGGGCUGGGGGAGGCCAUGCGCUAUGCCUGCCUGAAAUCGAUGAGCGGUUUGCUGCAGCAGCACGCGAAGCUCUCGACGUUGCGUCUCUCCCCGCCAUUGAAGCAGCAGCAGCAACAACAACAACAGCAGCAGCAGCAACAACAACAGCAGCAGCAGCAGCAACAGCAGCAGCAGCUCUACGCCCCUUUCUGUCAAGGUCUUCCAAGGGGAAGCCCCUCUGCACGAAUUGCUGCCUCUUCGUGGGGCCUCCAGAGAAUCUGCUGCAGCGCAAGCAGACGGAGGCCCUGUUGCUGCUGCUGCAGCUUCUAAUUGCAGCGAUCGAGCAGCAACAGCAGCAGCAAGAGCAGCAGCACGAAGAGCAGCAGCAGCAGGAGCAGCUACAGCAGCAAGAACAGCAGCAACAAGAGCAGCAGCAACAGCAGCAGCAACAGCAACAGGGCAUCAGGAUAGGAGACGUGCAGCUGCUGCUGGUGCGGGAGCGGCAGGCUGUUGUCUCUGUUCUCAGUGGCUGUCUGUACACCCCACAAGGUCUCCUCGCAGAGACAGACCAGCAGGUGCAGCAAGUGCUGCAGCAGGCACGCAGCAACUACCUACAACAACGGCAGCAGCAGCAGCAGCAAAUGCACCAGCAGCACCAGCAGCACCAGCAGCACCAGCAGCAACAAGAACAGCAGCAACAGCAGCAGCAGAGAGGGGGCUUAGUGGCGUUGUCUGCGGGCCUUUCUUCUGCAUGCGACGCCUUCAGCCCAACCAACAACUUUUUUGCUGCAGCAGCAGCAGCGGGAACACCAGCAGCAGCAGCAGCAGCAGAAGCAGCAGCAACAGUAGCGGAAACACCAGCAACACCAGCAGCAGCAGGACCAGCGGGAACAUCAGCAGCAGCAGCAAAUGCCCCAGCAGCAGCAGCAGCAGCAGCAGAUAUACCUGGAGGUGCGCAGACACCCGACGUGGGGUUUGUUGGCCUCCAUGAGUCCCCUGUAAAGGGAGAGGCCCCCAGCAGCAGAUGGUGCAGCAAAAGCUCUCUAGGGGGGGGGCCCCCUGCUCUGGACCCGAAGGGGGCCCCUGCCUAUACACCCCAAUUAGGCAGCCAAGCAGCAGCAACAGCAGCAGCAGCAGUAGCAGCAACAGCAGCAGCAGCAACAGCAACAGAAGGGGGGACCCAAAAGAAGGUCUCUGCUGCUGCACGCUUCGCUCUUCUCAAGAAUGCAAUUGAAACGGCUUCGCAGCCUAUACACUGCAGCAGCGGCAGCACUUUUAACACACAGCACCCAGAUGCUGCUGCUGCUGCUGCUGCACCACCUGCUGCUGCUGCCGCCCCGCAUGCUGCGCUGCAGCAGCAGCAAAGGCAAGAGGGGCAAGUGCUUGAGGACCAACACGCAUCGCAGCAGCAGCAGCUGCAGCAGGAGAUACAGGCAAUGCAAAGCCCGCAGCAGCAGAUACAAAUGCAGCAGCAAAUGCAGCAGGUGCAGCGGCAGCAGCAGCAGCAGCAGCAGCAACAGCAGCAAAUGCAGCGUGGGACGCCCUCGACCGGAGGACCGUUCCACGGGUCAGCAGCAGCAGAAGCAGCAGCAGCAGCAGGCUGGCGCAGGAAGCCUGAGCAGCAGCAGCAGCACAAGCCGCACGAGGCCCUCGAGUUGAGCUCUGCUCAAGCAGACGUUGCGAAGAUAGAAAACUGUAUUAGAGCAAGUUGGGUCCCUCUUCAUUUGCAGAAGAGAGACAGAAAGAGAUUUAAGAAAGAUAUCAUGCAGCUGUCAGCGAGGAGGGGCCCCCAUACUGCUGCUGCUGCUGCUGCUGCUGCUGCUGCACUUGAGGCAAUUGCUGCUGCUGCUGGGGGGCCCCUCAGGACCCAUGAGGAGACAGGCUUUAGAAGAGACAGCAGCUGCAGCUCUUCUCUGCGCAUGCAAAGAGAGGCAGCAGAACAACACAAGCAAGCAGCUGCAGGAGACACGUCAGCGCACUGUCUAUACGGGGGCCCCUCAGGGGGGCCCCCAGCCCCUGAAGCGACGGGCGGAGGCUUCUUACUUGCAGAUGCAGCUGCUGCUGCACCGAAGCAGCAGCAGCUGCAGCUGCAGCAGCAAGACGAUGAUUUGCUUUGA